AUGAAUGUUCUAACCUCAGAACACUUUUAUUGUGCAUCAAUUUUGUCACUGGAUGCUGAUACUAAAAACAUAUACACAGACUUUAUUCUCAGAGACCAGAGUGAACUUGGCGGAAAGGAUGGAACCACUCAUUAUCCUUGUCCUGCUAACAGCGCUAGCAAGAACGUCAGCACCAAAUCCCACAACAACAGGGGUUGUCUCCACAACACAAGAUUCAAGAACUGCAACUAUGGUGCUGACCACUGGAAAUGUGACAUCAUCUGUCACUGCUACUUCACCUCCGUUCAACGGGUCAGCUACUUCACCAUCUUUGAAUGCGACGUCACCUCCAUCAGAUAUAUCUGUCACAACACCUUCACUCAAUAUAACUUCGCCUCCGGCCAACAUCUCAGCUAUAUCACCAUCUUUGAAUACAGCGUUGCCUCCAUCAAAUGUAUCUGUCAUAUCAACUUCGCUCAAUAUAACCUCACCUUCAGCCAACAUCUCAGCUACAUCUCCACCUUUGAAUACAGCAUCGCCUCCAUCCAAUGUAUCUGCCAUAUCACCUUCACUCAAUAUAACGUCACCUCCGGCCAACAUCUCAGCUGUAUCACCACCUUUGAAUACAGCGUCACCUCCAUCAAAUGUAUCUGUCACAUCCCCUUUACUCAAUAUAACCUCACCUCUAGCCAACAUCUCAGUUACAUCACCAUCUUUGCAUACAAUGUUGCCUCCAUCAAAUGUAUCUGCCACAUCACUUUCCCUCAAUAUAACUUCACCUCCGGCCAACAUCUCAGCUAUAUCACCAUCUUUGAACACAAUGUCGCCUCCAUCAAAUGUAUCUGCCACAUCACCUUCCCUCAAUACAACCUCGACUCCGGCCAACAUCUCAGCUACAUCACCACCUUUGAAUACAGCGUCACCACCAUCAAAUGUAUCUGCCACAUCACCUUCACUCAAUAUAACGUCACCUCCGGCCAACAUCUCAGCUGUAUCACCACCUUUGAAUACAGCGUCACCUCCAUCAAAAGUAUCUGUCACAUCACCUUCACUCAAUAUAACCUCACCUCCAGCCAACAUCUCAGUUACAUCACCAUCUUUGCAUACAAUGUUGCCUCCAUCAAAUGUAUCUGCCACAUCACUUUCCCUCAAUAUAACUUCACCUCCGGCCAACAUCUCAGCUAUAUCACCAUCUUUGAACACAAUGUUUCCUCCAUCAAAUGUAUCUGCCACAUCACCUUCCCUCAAUAUAACCUCGACUCCGGCCAACAUCUCAGCUACAUCACCACUUUUGAAUACAGCCUCGCCACAAUCAAAUGUAUCUGCCACAUCACCUUCAAUCAAUAUAACGUCACCUCCGGCCAACAUCUCAGCUGUAUCACCACCUUUGAAUACAGCGUCACCUCCAUCAAAAGUAUCUGUCACAUCACCUUCACUCAAUAUAACCUCACCUCCAGCCAACAUCUCAGUUACAUCACCAUCUUUGCAUACAAUGUUGCCUCCAUCAAAUGUAUCUUCCACAUCACUUUCCCUCAAUAUAACUUCACCUCCGGCCAACAUCUCAGCUAUAUCACCAUCUUUGAACACAAUGUCGCCUCCAUCAAAUGUAUCUGCCACAUCACCUUCCCUCGAUAUAACCUCGACUCCGGCCAACAUCUCAGCUACAUCACCACCUUUGAAUACAGCGUCACCUCCAUCAAAAGUAUCUGUCACAUCACCUUCACUCAAUAUAACCUCACCUCCAGCCAACAUCUCAGUUACAUCACCAUCUUUGCAUACAAUGUUGCCUCCAUCAAAUGUAUCUGCCACAUCACUUUCCCUCAAUAUAACUUCACCUCCGGCCAACAUCUCAGCUAUAUCACCAUCUUUGAACACAAUGUCGCCUCCAUCAAAUGUAUCUGCCACAUCACCUUCCCUCAAUAUAACCUCAACUCCGGCCAACACCUCAGCUACAUCACCACCUUUGAAUACAGCGUCACCACCAUCAAAUGUAUCUGCCACAUCACCUUCACUCAAUAUAACGUCACCUCCGGCCAACAUCUCAGCUGUAUCAGCACCUUUGAAUACAGCGUCACCUCCAUCAAAAGUAUCUGUCACAUCACCUUCACUCAAUAUAACCUCACCUCCAGCCAACAUCUCAGUUACAUCACCAUCUUUGCAUACAAUGUUGCCUCUAUCAAAUGUAUCUGCCACAUCACCUUCCCUCAAUAUAACUUCACCUCCGGCCAGCAUCUCAGCUGUAUCACCACCUUUGAAUACAGCGUCACCUCCAUCAAAUGUAUCUGUCAUAUCAACUUCGCUCAAUAUAACCUCACCUUCAGCCAACAUCUCAGCUACAUCUCCACCUUUGAAUACAGCAUCGCCUCCAUCCAAUGUAUCUGCCAUAUCACCUUCACUCAAUAUAACGUCACCUCCGGCCAACAUCUCAGCUGUAUCACCACCUUUGAAUACAGCGUCACCUCCAUCAAAUGUAUCUGUCACAUCCCCUUUACUCAAUAUAACCUCACCUCCAGCCAACAUCUCAGUUACAUCACCAUCUUUGCAUACAAUGUUGCCUCCAUCAAAUGUAUCUGCCACAUCACUUUCCCUCAAUAUAACUUCACCUCCGGCCAACAUCUCAGCUAUAUCACCAUCUUUGAACACAAUGUCGCCUCCAUCAAAUGUAUCUGCCACAUCACCUUCCCUCAAUACAACCUCGACUCCGGCCAACAUCUCAGCUACAUCACCACCUUUGAAUACAGCGUCACCACCAUCAAAUGUAUCUGCCACAUCACCUUCACUCAAUAUAACGUCACCUCCGGCCAACAUCUCAGCUGUAUCACCACCUUUGAAUACAGCGUCACCUCCAUCAAAAGUAUCUGUCACAUCACCUUUCCUCAAUAUAACCUCACCUCCGGCCAAUAUCUCAACAACAAAUAUUUCUCCCACAUCACCUCUGCCGAGUGUAACUUCCUCUCCUGUCUUUGCGCCUUCAAGCCCCAUGACAUUCACUUCAGCAUCCACCGCUGCACCAACCACAACCACAACAGCAGCCCCACCAGUUCCAGAAGUCAAAUUAGAGUUCAAACUGGAGCAACAAUUUUCAGAGGACCUGAAGAAUACAUCCUCUCCAAAGUUCCAAUUGUUGGCAAAUCAAGUAACCACUGCACUCAACAAUGUCUACAAAAACAAAUAUGGAUCCAGCUUCAAUCGCACUGAAAUUAAAGGCUUCAGACAAGGGUCAGUUGUGGUAGAUACUGUGCUGGUGUUUAACAACAUCAGUUCAGUCCCUGAGCCAACUGAUGUGGCUACCACUAUGGUGGAGGCCGUGUCCAGCAACAGCUCCAACUUCUCCCUCCCAGUGAACACAUCUUCAAUUACGGUGACAAGGGUUGUCUCGACAACACCAGCCCCGACAACAACAUUAACUGUUGCACCUAUCACUGGUUCGGUGACAUCAUCAUCUGUCACUGCUUUGAAUGCAACAUCUUCUCCACCUAAUUUAUCUGCCACAUCAUCCCUUCUUCACACCGUCUCGCCUCAAUUCAACAUGUCAGCUACUUCACCGUCUUUGAAUACAACUUCACCUCCAUCUAAUGUAUCUGCCACAUCACCUUCACGCAAUACAAUCUCAAC